AAAAAAAAAAGCAGCCGGGCAGCCAGCGUUCUAUUUCCCUAAAAAUAAAUACUGGACGUGGCUUUAACCGAUUUUUUCUUUUCGUUUUCGUCUCACUCAACUGCAAUGGCAGUAUAACCCUGCUCAUUAUCAUUAUCCGAUAUCUCCCGUGUUCAUUUACCCCAGCUCGGUUGCUGGUAGCUUGUAACCGCUGUUGUCGAAGGACCAUCUCCAAACCCUAGAAACCAACGAAGUAAAAAAGAUCUUGAUUCCCUCAAUUUUUUUCCGGGAAUCGAGAAUCCGAUCUAGACUCGUUGUAUAUUCCUUCGAGAUCUAUUCAUGGAACCUUAUCCUAAAAGAUCCCGUUUUGAAAACGGUGGAUUUGGAGUAAACCCUAGAGGUUCGGAGCAACAAGACUGGGGCUUCUACCAGCAAAGUAAUGGAGGUGGGGAUCUCGAAUGCAGGCGGUUCAAUACACCUGAAGGUUGCCCUUUUGGAUCGAACUGUAGAUUUCGGCACGUUACAGCUGAUGGCCGAGAUGUGGGACCACCUGGCAUUUCUUCUGGGGGAAGGCCAAAACCCUGCAUGAAAUUCUUCAGUACUUCAGGUUGCCCAUUUGGUGAAUCUUGCCACUUCCUGCACUAUAUACCAGGGGGUCUCAGUUCGUUGGGUCUAAGUCCUGUAGUAUCUCUCUCAGCUGCUUCAGCUACUGCUUCUCAGAGGAAACAGAUGGGGCCCAUGGGGGACCCAACUGGCAUGGUUAGUGGCUACAAAACAAAGCUUUGCAACAGGUACAACACUCCUGAGGGUUGCAGGUUUGGUGACAAAUGUCAUUUUGCGCAUGGGGAGAAAGAUCUGCGGCCGCCGAACAGUCAUUCUCGAGGGAACAUCCCACGAGGUCUUCCUGGAUUCAAUGGUGGGGACUCUAGCUUCACAAACUCAGAUACGGUGGGAAGUUCGAACUUCAAUUCUCAAGGCUAUGGUGAGCCAAACCCACCCGAUGUUGCAGUUAUUGAUGGUUCUGCUAACUAUGCAGCUGGUCCGGCUGGUGAAAAUGUACAGGUGUAUUAAUAAAGGUUACUAAAUGGGCACUACAUGGUGGGGUUUUACUGACCAAACUUGCAUAUGGUGGCUAUUAUUUUUCGAGUGCCUCUUCUAACGAGGUUUUAGUCAGUCUGGUGGAUGGUAACUGUUAUUUCAGUUUUAUAAGAACCUGUUCUAUUUUAGGAGAAUUUGUGACAGCAUGGCUCUGGCGUUGAGAAGAACUUGCUUCUGAUCACUCCUACAGAGGGAUGAGGUUGAUAUAUAUGGUAAUUGAAGAUUUCGAUCUGCACCUAUGGCAGCCCCAACUGCUGCCUAUUGAGAGUUACAUUGGUUACAAAGUAACAAGAUACUGAAGUUUAUGCAUUGUUUUGAUAAUGGAGUCAAUUUAAUGGAGUUGAGUUUGUAUUUGUUCCAGCAGUUCUUAAGAGGUUUUAUAUUAUGAGAAUGAUCAUUAUUGGUUGAUGUAUGGUUUCAGAAAUCUCGACGUUGACGCCUAUGAUUUGUAGUUACUGGAAACUGCAUUUCGUGUUC